AUGUGGGAAAGGGGCACAGAGCUUCCAUACUUUAGCUGCUCCGCUCUCAGCACCUCCAUGUGUGCAACAGCCCGGAAGCUCUCUUUACCUCAUCCUUUUGGACUAAAUGUGUUAAAUGGGCUUACCAACAAUAUGGAUGAUUUGAAGAUAAACACCGAUGUUACUGGUGCUAAAGAAGAACUCCUAGAUGACAGCAGUUUUAUAUCAGACAAAGAGAGUGGAGUUCAUAAACCAAAAGAUUGUCAAGCAUCAUUUCAGAAAAACAAUACAUUCACUUUGCCUGAAGAACUGUCAAAGGACAAAUCUGAAAAAGCCUUAAGUGGAGGCCAGUCUACUCUGUUUAUACAUGCUGGUGCUCCUACUGUUUCUAGUGAAAACUUUAUCUUGCCUAAGGGAGCUGCUGUUAAUGGACCAGUUUCACACUCCUCCUUAACUAAGACUUCCAGUAUGAAUAAAGGCAGUGUUUCAUUAACCACUGGACAGCCUGUGGAUCAGCCCACAACAGAAUCUUGUUCAGGUUUGAAGGUGGCAGCCGAUCUUCAGCUGUCUACACCACAGAAAGCAAGUCAACAUCAAGUUUUAUUUUUAUUAUCAGAUGUAGCACAUGCUAAGAAUCCAACCCAUUCCAUUAAAAAACUACCUACCUCUGCUUCAAUUGGUUGUGACAUUCAGAAUUCAGUAGGGAGUGGUAUAAAGUCAGAUAGCACUUUAAUAAAUCAAGUAGAGGUGGGUGAGGAUAGUGAAGAUUUAUUGGUAAAAAAUGAUUGUGUCAGUACAUUAACAGGAAUUUCCUCAGGUACAGAUGAAUUUAGGUCAGACAAUGAUACAAACUGGGAUCCCCAAAAAGAGUUCAUUCAGUUUCUUAUAACUAAUGAUGACACAGUAGAUAAAGCUCCAGUUCACUCUAAAGUAGGUCUGGAAAAAAAGAGAAAGCGAAAAAUGGAUGUAAGCAAGAUAACUCGUUAUACCGAAGAUUGCUUUAGUGAUUCUAACUGUGUACCCAAUAAGUCAAAAAUGCUAGAAGUAGACUUUAUGGAACAGAAUGAAGACGUGCAAGCAAUAGACUCACGGACAUAUGCAUUAUCACAAGUGAAACCUGAAUCAGCUGAUGAAGACUUGGAAUCUGUGGAUACUUUUCAACAUCUAAUUUUUAAUUCAGAUAAGUGUGGAGAAGACAGUUCACCUGUUCAUACUAGCACUUUUCUUUCAAAUACCUUAAAAAAGAAAUGUGAAGAAAGUGAUUCUGAGUCACCUGUUCCUUUCAGCACCGAAGAGCCAUCAUUCUACCCCUGUACAAAGUGCAAUGUGAAUUUUCGGGAGAAAAAGCAUCUCCACAGGCAUAUGAUGUAUCAUUUAGAUGGGAAUAGCCACUUUCGUCAUCUUAAUGUCCCAAGGCCAUAUGCUUGUAGAGAAUGUGGACGGACAUUUCGAGAUCGUAACUCACUGCUAAAGCAUAUGAUUAUUCACCAAGAAAGAAGACAGAAAUUGAUGGAGGAAAUACGUGAAUUGAAAGAACUUCAGGAUGAAGGAAGAAGUGCACGAUUACAAUGCCCUCAGUGUGUGUUUGGUACCAAUUGCCCUAAAACAUUUGUGCAACAUGCUAAAACCCAUGAAAAAGAUAAAAGGUACUACUGCUGUGAAGAGUGUAACUUUAUGGCAGUGACAGAAAAUGAGCUGGAAUGCCAUCGAGGAAUUGCCCAUGGAGCAGUGGUAAAAUGCCCUAUUGUCAGUUCUGAUGUAGUCCAGAGAAAAACACACAAAAAAACAUUCAUGAAAGACCCCAUUAUAGGAUCAUCCAAAAAAUCGGCUACCUAUAUAUGUAAGAUGUGUCCUUUUACUACUUCAGUCAGGAGUAUUUUUAAAAAACACAUGGAGUACUUGCAUUCAUCAUCAUGCAUUGAUUCAUUUGGCAGUCCUCUUGGGCUUGAUAAAAGAAAAAGUGACAUAAUUGAAGAACCUAUAGACACUGAUAGUCCUAAACCAUUAACUAAACAACAGUCAACAACAUUUCCAAAGAACUCUGCUUUAAAACAAGAUGUAAAGCGAACAUUUGUAUCAUCCUCACAAUCAAGUAAUUUUUCAAAAUUCCAUAAACGGCCACACAGAAUACAAAAGGCUCGGAAAAGCAUCACCCAGUCAGGUGUAAAUGUGUGCAAUCAAAACAGUUCUCCUCACAAGACUGUUAUGAUUAAAAGCAGCAUUGACCAAAAACCUAAGUAUUUCCAUCAAACAGCAAAAGAAAAAUCUAAUGCCAAGGCAAAUAGCAACUAUUUAUAUAGACAUAAAUAUGAAAACUACAGAAUGAUCAAAAAAUCAGGUGAAUCGUAUCCUCUGCAUUUCAAAAAAGAGGAAGCUGGUUCAUUAAAUUCUUUACAUUUGUUCUCAAGUAAUUCUCACAACAAUAGUUUUAUUUCAGACCCUCAUAACUCUGACACCAAAAGGCCAGAAAGCUUCAAAGACCACAGGCGUGUAGCUGUAAAGAGAGUAGUUAAGGAAUCUAAGAAGGAAAGUUCCGUUGGAGGAGAAGACUUGGAUAGCUAUCCAGAUUUCUUGCAUAAGAUGACUGUUGUUGUUUUGCAAAAACUUAAUUCUACCGAAAAGAAAGAUAGCUAUGAAACAGAAGAUGAAAGUUCCUGGGACAAUGUUGAGCUAGGUGACUACACUACACAGACUAUAGAAGAUGAAACUUAUCAUGAUAUUAAUCAAGAACAUGUAAACUUAUUCCCUCUAUUUAAAAGCAAGGUGGAAGGUCAACAGUCUGGAGAAAAUGCUACACUUAGUUAUGAUCAGAAUGAUGGCUUUUAUUUUGAAUAUUAUGAAGAUGGUGGAACUAAUAACUUUUUGCAUGAGAUUCAUGAUUCUCAGCAUUUAGAAAAUGCAGAAACUGCAUUGUCAAAGCAUAGUUCUGUUUUUCACUGGACUGAUUUGUCUCUCGAGAAGAAAUCGUGUCCUUACUGCCCAGCAACAUUUGAAACAGGUGUUGGGUUGUCAAAUCAUGUCAGGGGACAUCUUCACAGAGCAGGAUUAAGCUAUGAAGCCCGCCAUGUUGUAUCACCAGAACAAAUAGCCACAAGUGACAAAAUGCAACAUUUCAAAAGAACUGGCACAGGAACACCUGUUAAGCGAGUUAGAAAAGCUAUAGAGAAGUCUGAAACCACUUCUGAACACACUUGUCAGCUCUGUGGUGGUUGGUUUGAUACUAAAAUUGGAUUAUCAAAUCAUGUUAGAGGCCACCUGAAAAGACUUGGAAAGACCAAGUGGGAUGCUCACAAAUCUCCAAUCUGUGUUCUGAAUGAGAUGAUGCAAAAUGAAGAAAAAUAUGAAAAAAUCUUAAAGGCAUUGAACAGUCGUCGUAUUAUUCCUCGACCAUUUGUAGCUCAGAAACUUGCAUCAAGUGAUGACUUUCUAUCUCAAAAUGUUAUACCUCUUGAAGCAUACCGUAAUGGCCUAAAGACUGAAGCUUUAUCAGUGUCUGCAUCAGAGGAAGAAGGGCUGAGUUUCUUAAAUGAAUAUGAUGAAACUAAACCAGAACUGCCCAGUGGAAAAAAGAAUCAGUCUCUUACACUGAUAGAACUGCUUAAAAAUAAAAGGAUGGGAGAAGAAAAGAAUUCUUCUGUUUCUCCUCAAAAGAUCCAUAAUCAAACUGCAAGAAAGAGGUUUGUUCAGAAAUGUGUUCUUCCACUAAAUGAAGAUAGUCCAUUGAUGUAUCAGCCACAAAAAAUGGACUUCACUAUGCACUCAGGUAUGCCUGUGAAGCUUAGAACAUGUGUGCAUUGCAAUACGACGUUUACAAGUGCUGUUAGCCUGUCCAACCACUUACGCGCUUAUGCACGAAAGAAGAGUGCUGGACUUUUGACUGGUACAGCCUUAGAUUGUAAGCAAAAGAAAUCAAGGUCAAGAUCCGGAAGCAAGAAGAAACUUUUAUCAUUACCUCAUGGUGCUGACGAGGUUUACAUUCUCCGAUGCAGGUUUUGUGGCCUGGUCUUUCGUGGACCAUUGUCUGUUCAGGAAGACUGGAUUAAGCACUUACAACGACACAUUGUAAACGCUAAUCUUCCACGGACUGGAGCUGGCAUGGUGGAAGUCACAUCACUACUCAAAAAGCCUGCCUCCAUUACAGAAACUUCAUUUUCUCUACUAAUGGCAGAAGCAGCUUCAUAG